UUUCGCCUUACGUCACUGGGGACGUACUGCGUCGUUGCUGUGGUAACCACAACACCCCCAUUCAACCAACUAGAGAGAAAUCUGUGAUUAGAUUCUGCUAACAGUGACAGGAGCUGUAAUUAAACUGUUGGAGGCGCAGGGUCUUGUAGCUUUACGCGACGAAAGGAGAGGAGUCUUGACGACGUGUCUCAAAAUACUCAAAAUGAGUCAGUCUGAGCAGGAGGAUAGCAGACCUCCCAGCAGAGGAGAAGUAGAAGUGGAAGAACAAGAGGAGAAGGACACCCCUCUAACAGCCCUUGCACCUGAUGCUUCGCUCCCAGAGGAACUGCCCUCUGCCAUCACUGAUGUUUCUGCUAGUCCUGCUUUCCAGUGCCUAGAUGAGUUGGUGUCAUUGGGCAAGAUCAGCCAGACCAAAGCAGCCCAGCUGAAAGCCAGCUACAGGCUGCUGCAUGACACUCUGAAGCGCACACAGGACUCUGAGAUGCAGCGUUUGGGCGAGGCAAAGAGGUGUCGUGCUGAGCUGGAGAGACUGCAAGCUGAGGUGGAGAGAGCAGAGGAGCAGAGCACCUCUGAGGAGCCUGAAAGUGAGGUCAACGAACUGAGGCAACAGCUCCUCCAGGCAUACAAUGAACUGAAAGCUGCUGAGGACAGAGAGUACAAGACACAACACCAACUCAAGUGUCUCUGGGAAGAGAAGAGGUAUCUGGAGAAAGAGAAUGAGAUUCAGUCGAAACCUGCUGAGCUGGAGAGCAGAACAAAGGCCCUGAGGGACAAAUAUGAGGAUCUGAGGAAAGAGGUGGCCCAGAGACAAUUAGAAGUCAGAAGUCUGAUGGAAGAUGUGGAAACCCAUGGAAGUCAGAUAGUGAAAGAACAGAAAGAGCUGGAGGAUCAGAGGGAGAUCAUAGAGCUCAAAGAGGCUGAGAAAGCCCAGCUCAUCAGCGUACCUGACCAGAUUUUAGAGAAGAUUGAAAGGAAACGCUCCAAGAGGGAAGCAGCAAUGAAGAAGAUAGAAGCACUGAACACAGAGGUUUCAGAAAUGGAGCAGCAAGUGAAGGAGGUGGAAGAGCGUAACCACUCCCUCAGGAUGAAGAAGAAGGAGGCGAUGCAGGAGCUGGAGGCCCUCCAGGCCCAAGUAGAGGCCAGUCAGACAGAGUGCAGACAGCUGCUGAAAGAACAGGAGGUCAACAGGGAGGGGGAGGCUGAAUUCAUUGGGAGCAGAGGCAUCCUGGAAAUGAAGCUGCAGAACAUCAUGUGUGACAGAAAGCACCUGUACGAGAGCCAGUCUGUGCAGCUCAGGGAGAAAAAUAGGCAGAUGCAAACCCUCAAGAGGAUGGAGCAUGUGUUGACCAUGGCCACAGAGCAGCUCGAAAACAUACAGUCUGUCUACAAUGAGUUACAGGCACAGUUAGAUGCUCUCCCCAAAAGAGAGGCCAGUUAUCAGCAGAGGAUGGAGCUUCAGAAAGAGGUGGACGCUCUCAAAGUCAGCUUUGAAAAGCAGGUAUCAGUGGCUGAGGAGGAGAGCCAGAAGAAGCAGCAGUACGGGAUGAUUCAGGAGCUGCUGAGGGAGUCAAACGGCCUCAGAGAAGAACUGCAUAACCUCAGAUGUCUGACACAGAUCAAAGCCGAGGAGAGGGGCCAGAAGCACCGAGAGCUGCUCAGGGCUGAGCAACUGAACCAGCUCAUCCGGCACGAGCUGCGGGAAAAAGACCUGAUCAUCAUGGACCACAACAAGCUGAAUACUAUGCUACAGCGCAGAAUAUCACAGUACUCUAAACUGUGCGACAUGAUCGUGGAAGAGAAGAUGAAGUACAUCAAGUUGAAGCAGAUCGCCUCACAGACUAUCACAGAGCUGACAGAGCAGGUUAAAGUCCUGGAAAACGAGACAGAGAUCCAACGCACCAUAGUCAUCAACAAGGACAGAUCACUCACAAAGGCUCAUAUGAAGCUCUCUAAUAGCUCCAAACUGAGAGACAAACUGCACAAUGACAUCUCCAAGGUUGUAUGGAAGCACCGUGAGAUCAGUCAGCAGAGCGAGAACAAUAAACUGGAGCUGCUGAGACUCACGCAAAUGAUCAACCUCCAGGAGCAGGCGCUUCUGGAGAUGAAUAAGAGUCAAGAGUCUGCUGUACAGCGCCGCAAUUUUCUUGGCAUUCAGCUCUUGGAGCACGAGGAGGUGCUGCUCAACUACUACGACAAGGUGAACAUCCAAGAGGCAGCCAUCACUAAGGGCAACGUGGCGCUGGAGACGAUGGAGAAGGAGAUAAGAGACUUGCAGUUAGCCAUUAAUGAGGAGAAGAGGCAGAUAGACCUGAAGAAGAAAGACGUUCCCCUCAAGAGAAAGUUGGAAGAAGAGAUCACCGUGUUGCAGAUAGAGCUUUCAGAAGCAAGAGACAAGACACUUGAAUGUGUGAAUCGAACAGUUGAUUACAAAGAGUUGAAAGGCAAAGACCCAUCAACGGUAGAACUGGUCAAGAAAAUUGAGCAGCUUGAGGUGAAUCUAGCCGAACAUGAGAGGCAGCUGCUGGAAAAGGAGCUCCUGGUGGACCAGGUGACCCGGCUCUCAAAGCCACUCAGCGAGCAGGCGGAGAACUGCCAACAGGACAGACUCUCACUGGGAAAGAAGCUGAACGAUCUCCGAACUCAUAUAAUCAACACCAACCGUCGACUGAUGGCCGUCUCUGCUGAACUUUCUGUGAAGCAAGCUGCUGCUUUGUCUCAACAACAAGAGAUCAAGGAGAAAGAGCUCCAGAUGGACAGGUGCCAGAGGCGGCUGGAGCAGGGCCUGCCACCCUGCCCUGAGAUAGAGGAGGAGUGGAGGAGGAUGCUCCGGGACAAGAAGAGGAGGCAGAGGGACAAAGAGGAGAGAGAGAGGCUGGCCGAAGAAGAGUGGAACCAGUUGCCUAACGGACAGUACACCACAGCCGAGUCCCGUCCCAACGCGUACAUCCCCGAGACCGACGCGCUCCCUCUGCCCAAACCGUACGGAGCCCAGGCCCCGUUCAAACCGGGCCAGCCGGGAGCCAACAUGAGACACAUCCGUAAGCCCACAGUCAAACCCUUAGAGAUCUAGAAUAAUGAAAUGUGCACAUUAAGACAGCUGUGUCAUCAAGUCGCUGGUUUUGGCUGAUUUUUAUUCAAACUCCUUUACACACAUUUCAUCUUCACUCGAGGAAUCAGCAGAAAUUCAGAAACAAAUGAGAAUCAGAAUUUUUCACUUUGUUUUCUGGUGCAUUUUUCUGCAUUUUGGUUCGUUCCUAUCACACAUUUAUUGAUCCAUCAGCUCUCCUGCUCUUUCCUUCCUCCACCUCUCUGCCUCUUGUGUAUGUUUUUGUUCUGACUGUCCAGCAUACCACUGCUGUUUUGUCAUGUGUGUGUGUGCUUGUGGACUUGCAUCUGGUUGUGAUUUUGUUUCCUUUUUUUGACAUUUACUGGCAAGAGCUUGUUUACACUCUGCUUGCAGUAAGACUAAGUGUUGUAGGAGAGUGGAGGGAAAAGAAACUUCUCUUGUAUCAUGUCUGUGUCUGUUUCUGUGUUUAGCAACACAUCUUUAGUCUCUACUACAGAUAAAUUCACUUCACAUAUUUCUACAUAUUCUUUAGUCUUGUUGCCAUUUCUUCCCUCACACUUGUAAUCUUGCAGCUGAUGAAUAAAUUGGAAUUGGUUUAAGCUCUAA